AAAGGUACGAUUGAUGGUAUCGCGACUGCCAGAUGUGCACAUUAUGCCAACAGGAAGAGAGAUCCGUCUCUCUACGUCAGUCUACGUAAAUUCUUUUCGAUUUCAUUAUCAUUAUUUUUUACUGACAUAAAAGAAAUAUAUAAGUAUAUAUUCGCGGUUUUGUUUUUUUUGGAUGGAUAGCAGUUUAAUCAAAUUUGUAGUGUCUCGAAUUCCAAGGUAAUAUCGACAAGUACGUGGAAAGUAUGAUAUAUAAGUGACCGGAGUCACGGAAAAUAAAUCUUAUAAAAAUGACGUGGUGAAGAUAUGCUUAUCGUUUGAUGAAAGUGUCCAAGGAAUUACAAGUGUCAAUGCACAACUUGCUUCCUGUAAUUCGAUAUUGUUCUCGGUAUCGAAGUUGUGCAACGCGCUAAUAUUGCUAUUAGGAACGGAAAAUUUUCAGUCGUCCGGAAAGUAGAAUGGAGGAAAGUACAAGUUCGCGAAAUGUCUGGCAUAAAGAUAAGCCUGAGGAGCAAAAUGAGCUGUUUCAAGGAGAAUCCACUACUGCGUCUGUAGAAGCUAAUUCUACAUCAUUAGCCGAUAUAUUUGAUACGGCAUUUACAUCAACAGUUGAUCCAUCUCCACAAUCUCGGUUUCCUUCUGGUAAUGAAAUGGAGUAUGAGCAUUUAUUUGCAGACAGUGAUAUUGAAGAGUCAGAUGUAACAGCUAUAGAUCCUUAUACAAAUUCAGCUCAUCCUACUGCUUCUGAGAAUAAUUUUGUUUAUGGGGAUUAUUUAACACAAUCGGAUACAACUAAUGAUUCACAGGAAUAUUGGCAACCUGAUCUCUUAAAUUGCAAUAUGUGCCAAAAUAGACAAGAUAGAAAUUCUAAGAAAGAGCCAUCUACUCGACAAUUGAAUAAUUCGUGCGAAGAGAGAUUAUGUAAUAAUUAUAGGACAAAAAGAAUUAUGCAUGAUCGUGAUUUAGCAAUUGAACAUAAAACUAAAAGAAGCAAAGAGCAAAAAUUAUUGAAUGGUCAACAACCAGAUAAUUUGAGUAUAGCUGGACCAUCUAGAUUAUCAGAUCAUCCUAUUCCAAAUAAUAUAACAAGAUCAACAGCAAACAUAGAUCCUAUACAGCUUCUAGAACAUGUAGGUGAUCAUAAUUUGAGUAUGGCUAUUAGUUUACAUCCUUCAGCAUAUUCAAAUGUGAUGGCUCCUCAAGAAGCACAUUCAUCUCAAAACGAUGAUACACCAUCAGCACCAGAUUUGCAAUUAGAUUGGUCCUCUAGUAGCGAAAGUGAUGAUGAAGACAGUUCAGUUGAAGUACUAGGUACUGUUAAUCAUAAUGUCAAGAAUACAUUAGAAAAUACGAAUGAAGAUAAUCGUACAGUUACUGUAGUUGACUUAACUGUAGAAUCUGAUGAAGAACACACACCAUCUGCAUCGACAAAUCCUGUAGUUAGUCCGAGAUCGACAGAUUAUAAUCAUAGAAGUAAUCCCCCCUGCAUGCAUGGACUCACCCCUAUUGGAGAUUAUUGGAUGGAUUAUCAUAUUGAAACACUUAGAUAUCAACAUAAUAAUACACAUCAUAGAGGCACAUGUCACAGAAUGCCUGCUCAUUCACGUUAUGGAUCUGUAGGAGAUACAUCUACAAAUGUAACAAGACCACGUAUGCAUCCACUUCAAGAAAGAUUAUGGGUAAAUCAACAACGCAUGCAAGAAGUGCAUAGACGAAGACUUUAUCAUAGAUUUUCGUCGCAUCACGUCGCUAAUUCGAGACCAGGAAAUACUCAUUUACAUUCAUCGACGUACGUCAGUCGUAGAAGUGGUGAAAACAGCAGUCCUUCGAAUGCUCGAUGUAACAAUGGAACUGAUAGUGCAGCAUAUACCGAAAAUUAUCUUCCACCUAUUUUACCGCCGCCGCAACAACCUACUGUUUAUAGCCAUCCAGAGGCUCGAGGGCCACCUAAUUUCUAUAGAGGAUCAUGCCCUAUGCUACCUAUAAUCGUAAAUCCAUUGAAUGGCGUGGAAGAAAUGGAACAGACUCCUCCAGUGAUGUUACCCUCAAUGCCAGUGCAUCAACAUGUACAUCAUCAUAUGUAUCAUUAUGAUCCGCAUCAACGACCGUCGCAACGUAUGCAUCACGUUCAUAUUAGUUUCCAUCCUCAUAUGCAAGGAUCUGGAACACAUGAUAUGGUACCGUUUCCACCGUUGGGUCUAUCGGAUUUUGUAUUACAAGGAGCGCGUCAUAUGUCUGCUCGACUUGAUAAUUAUAUGCGCAUUGUUGAUUUCCGACGUAUGGCUCAUAUAAGUUGUGGGGCUACACAAGAGUCUAUUGAAAGCCACACAUUCCCACAUAAAUAUAAACGGGUAAAAAAGGUCGAAAAUGGAGAAGAUGCUAUCGAGAAGUGUACAAUAUGUUUAUCCGAAUUUGAAGAUUGUGAAAAUGUCAGGAGGCUUCCAUGUAUGCAUUUAUUUCAUAUCGAUUGUGUUGAUCGAUGGUUGUGCACCAAUAAACGUUGUCCUAUAUGUCGAGUGGAUAUCGAAACUUUUCUCCAUAAGGAGUUCACUACUUCAAUAUAGUUUAAGGUUUUUCAUAUCUGCCUCUUUUUAAAAUAUAAUCAGAUAUAAUUAAAUAUUUAUAUACAUAUACACA